AAGAAAAGAAAAAGGUUAACCCAAACCAUGAAAAGAAGCCCAUAAAGCUGACCCAACGAACAAUACCUCUGUCCCUCUCUCUCUCACUCUUGAGUCUUUGUACUGAAGUCCUCCUUCGAUCUUAGCCUAAAGCCGAGGACAGUGUUACAAGUCUCUCGUCAACAGCAAUGGAGGCUUGGAUCAGAGCUAGAGUAACCUUAGCUCUCACUUUAUUCGCUCUUUUAUUCUUCGUCUCCAGAUCUUCUCCUCCACUUCAAUUUGUAAUCUCCAACGCCGAGCGUAGAAUUGACUUGAGCUCCCACAUUAUUAAUGUUCACUUGACUUUGAAGGUCGAGAAUACUGGUACUAGACCUGCUUCAGAAGUUGUUCUUGCUUUGACCCCCACUGAAGUUGACCAUCUAGCAAUGGUUGAUGCAUUAGCAAUUAAAGGAAAGCGGAAGAAGACUACUUCAGUUCGUCUUGAAGUAAAACCAACUGAACUGCCUGAUGCACCACCUAUUGACGCUAAAUAUUUUACUAUUUAUUUGGCUGAUCCAUUAAAUUCAGGAGAAAGCACAACGCUGGAAGUGUUGUACGUGUUCACGCACUUCCUAGAGCCUUUUCCAGCAGAGAUAGCCCAAUCAGAAUCUCAGUUAGUAUUUUAUCAUGAUACUGCAUUAAUAUUGUCGCCGUAUCAUAUUAAGCAACAAACAACUUUUAUUAAGACACCAAGUACCAAGGUCGAAUCGUUCAUAAGGGUGGAACCUACAAAGCGUGUCGGCACUGAAAUAAAGUAUGGGCCAUAUGAGGACUGUCCUCCAUACUCUAUUUCUCCAAUUCAUGUACACUUUGAGAAUAAUAGCCCAUUUGCUGUCGUUGAAGAGCUUGUUCAGGAAAUCGAAAUAUCACAUUGGGGCAACAUUCAGGUCACAGGGCAUUACACGUUAGUUCAUGCAGGUGCCCGUCACAAAGGUGUUUUUUCAAGGGUUGAUUACCAAUCAAGGCAAUUUUCUAAUGGUGCAUCUUCAUUUAGAUACCUUCUGGCAAGAUUACCAGCUAGGGUUCAUUCUGUCUACUACCGGGAUGAAAUAGGAAACAUCUCAUCCUCACAUCUGCGUACAAAUUCUUUGAAGUCGGAGCUGGAAAUUGAGCCACGUUAUCCUUUAUUUGGAGGUUGGAAAGCAACUUUUGUUAUUGGUUAUGGGCUACCAUUACAAGAUUUUCUUUUCGAGUCAUCUGAUGACAAGCGUUACCUUAACUUUACCUUUGGAUGCCCCCUUAUUGGGAUGGUGGUUGACAAGUUAACCAUAAAAGUUGUGCUACCCGAGGGGUCAACAGACCCUUCCCCCGUGGUUCCCUUCCCUGUGGAGCAUCGUCUUGAGGCUAAAUAUUCUUCUCUUGAUGUUAUUGGAAGGACUGUGGUGGUCUUGGAAAAGAAAAAUUUUGUUCCCAUGCAUAACUCUCAUUUCCAGGUUUACUACACCUUCAACCCAAUCUUCAUGCUUGCCGAGCCUCUGAUGUUGGCAUCCGCAUUCUUCAUGUUUUUCGUGGCUUGUGUUGCUUACAUACACAUCGAUCUUUCCAUACGUAAGUGAGCUUUGCUGUAAUCACAACGGUAAGUUAGCAGAUAGUUCCGAAUCUUCUCUCUUAAGCCUGCAGUAAAGCUGCUUUACCAGGUUAGAGCAGACCCCAACUCCGUAAAUAGGAAUUUCUUAGCAACUAUUUUGCAUGCUAAAGUUCCGAAAUUUUUUCCGAUGAAAUUAGUAGUUUUUUUUUUUUUUAAAUAUCGUAAUUUACAAUGAAAUAAUUAUUUCAUUAUAUUUUGUCAUUUUUGUUGGCAAAAACUAUCCCUUUCCAUAGGAAGAAUAAUGAGAUGAAUAAUUACAAUGGCUUCCUUUGGAUGCCCGUUUGAUCUCA